AUGAAGGUAUGGUCGUUCAGCAUUUGUGUGCUGAUAACCGGUGGUGGUUUGGUCAAUGCCACGUUCUGUCGUUGCCAACCGGAUCAACCAUGCUGGCCAACCGAAGCCAAUUGGGCUGCUCUCAAUUCUUCAAUUGAAGGGAAUCUAGUUGCAGUGAAACCAUUUGCUUAUCCUUGCCAUGACACUGAAUUCAAUGCUGCUAAAUGCACAAUCGUGAAAGACAAUGCGUACAAUUCUUCUUACAGAUCAUCCCAGCCAAGUGCUCUCCAAUGGGAAAACUGGGAAGCGUGGCCCAAAGAAGAUGAACAAUGCUAUAUCGAGUCUCCCAUGUCAAUACCGUGUAAACAAGGCCGUGUAUCACUUUACUCAGCCAAAGUGCAGACGGCAAAACAUGUUCAAAAGGCUGUCGAAUUUGCGGCACGCCACAACAUCAAACUUGUCAUCAGAAAUACAGGGCACGACUUUCUUGGACGCUCUUCGGCGCCAAACUCUUUGCAAAUUUUUACUCAUAAUUUCAAAAAUAUCUCCAUCAUCGAUGAGUUCGUGCCCACCGUCCCAUCUGGAAUGAGUGCGCCCGGGGGUAUUAAGGCUGUAACCCUUGGGGCUGGUGUUCAGCUGCACGAAAUGUACUCGUUCCUGGCCUCUAAAGGUGUCAUGGUCGUCGGAGGGUCGGCAAACACCGUUGGCGUUGCUGGUGGAUAUGUUCAGGGUGGAGGCCAUUCUUUUCUGGGUUGGCUUCAUGGAAUGGCAAGCGAUAAUGCCCUUGAGUUCCAGGUUGUUCUGGCCAAUGGCUCGCUGAUCUUUGCAAACCCAUACCAAAAUACCGAUAUAUUCUUCGCAUUGCGCGGUGGUGGCGGCGGCAGCUUCGGGGUAGUGGUGAGCGUAACUGUGAAAGCAUACCCUAACUACCCCGUGGUAUACGCCACCGUAAACUAUACCACGAGUGUGAAUGGACCCUUCUGGAAAGGCUCAGAUGCAUUUCAUAAACACAUUGUUUAUCUAAAUGAUAAUGGCGGCUCAGGGUACUAUGUAAUGAUACCCAUCACUCUAGUACCUAACUCCCAGAGUCUGUCGACCUUUGUGCUCUUUCUGGCGUUCGUCAAUCAGACAAGCACAGACGCGGUUGGAAAGCUUUUGUCGCCGUUGAGGUCGGACUUGAGGAAAGCGACAGGAUAUGAGCCAUCACUCAACGUCGUGUCAUUUCCAUCUUUAUCUGGCUUGUAUACAACGUUGUUCCGUGGAAAUGACACAACUGGCAUGCAAGCGCGCAUGGGUUCUCGCCUGGUAUCACGGUCUUUCUUUGAGUCGGCAAAUUCUACACAACUUACUGAAGCCGUCUCAAGCCUUAAAUUCCGCCCAGGAGACGCGGUUAUAGGGUGUAUCGUUGCCGGGGGCCAAGUUGCCAAAAACCGUGAUAUCGAGUCAGGACUCAACCCCGCAUGGAGAGACACAAUGGUUCAUCUCAUGAUCACCCGCCUUAUGAGUCCAAAUAUGACAUUCGAUGAGCAGGCGGCUAUUGCCGCCAACAUUACAGACCAGGAAGUACCCCUGCUCGAAUCCCUUGAGUCGGGUAAAAUGGGUGCGUACUUGAAUGAGGCCGAUGCCGACGAACCUGAUUUCCAGCAAAAAUUUUGGGGCACCAAUUACCCUCGGUUGCGGGCCAUCAAAGCAUCCAGAGAUCCACAUGAUUUAUUCAUCGUUCGAAAGGGGGUUGGUAGUGAGGAUUGGGAUUCCGAUGGGCUUUGUCGUGUUUGA